AUGAAUCGAAAUGAUUUAUUAUAUGUUCAAUAUGUAAAAUCAUUAGAUAAUCGACAAACAUUUCAUCUAAAUAAACUUCGUUAUGAUAUAUUUAAUAUUGAAAUUGAUAUUGGUUCUGUUAAUUUACUUUUACAUCGUUUAUUUUUAAAAAAAACUUUGAAAAAUCUAUUUGGUUGGGAUCAAAUGUAUCAUGAUAUAUAUGAACCAGAAUUACUAUGUGAUUUAUAA